AUGGAUGUUGAAGAGGUCGAGAGUUUUGAGAGCAAAAAGCGGUUACUAGAUGAUUCAACUGACGCUACAGACAUUGUUCAAAAGCGAUCUAAUCUGAAAAGAACCAAGGAAAGAGAAAUCACUACUGUUAUCGUGCGCAACCUUCCCAGCAAAUAUAACUUUUAUAAGGUUAAGAAGUACUUCUCACAAUGUGGUAAAGUCUGCUACGUCGAAAUGCAAGAUGAUCCUGAUACCCAAAACAAAUUGGCAAGAGUGGAGUUUGAGACCCAUGAUGAAGCCCUUUCCGCCUUAACUCGAACUUAUAAAAGAAUCGGGCCAAAUGAAAUUACGGUUGAUUUGUUGCAGGACUCCACUGUUUGGAUUACUAACUUCCCUCCAUUUUAUGAUAGCAAAAAUCUAAGGGACUUAUUCAAUCAAGUUGGGGGCACCACGCUAAGUGUUCGCCUGCCGUCCUUAAAAUAUGAUUCUAAUAGGAGGUUCGCUUAUAUUGACAUGGCAUCUCCAGAGCAGGCGUCAAACGCUAUCAGAAAACUCCAUGGGUAUAAUGUGGAUGGUUUCGAGCUUGUGGUUAAGAAGUCUGAUCCGUUUCAAGUUUCAAAAAGGACAGAUGCGGCAACUCUUGAACGGCGCGAAGUCUUCAUCCGUAAUCUUGACUUCUCGACAGACCCCAGUCAAAAACUGCAGGAAUUGUUUUCAAAGUAUGGUACGAUUGAAAAGAUUGUUGUUCCUGCCCAGAGGGAUAGUGAAAAGGAAGAUGGGCAUAAAAUCCUGAACAAAGGAAUAGCGUUUGUUCACUUCAGUCGCCCUGAUUCUGCAAAAAGAGCGUUAGAAUUGAAUAACUAUGAGAUCGAGGGAAGGCCAAUCUCAGUGAGUCUUGCUGACCGAAAAGCGUUUUUGGAAAGACAAGAGGUAAAGAAUCUUUUACUGCAUGGAAAUCAAGAUCAUGUAGUUAGUAUAUUCCCUAUCUCUGAUAAAACUACAAAGGUUCAAAUUGAAACUCUAAUAACAGAGAGAGCCCACAUUGAGAGUGAAGCAAUCCGCAGUAUAUACUUAGUUGCAGAUCAUGAAGGUGCAUUGAUAGUUCUCAAGGAUGUCCCAACUGCUGCUAAGGUUUCUUUAGCUGUUAAUGGAAUUCUGUAUGACAAAAAAAACUCAGCUGUGCAGGGGUCGAAGACAUCAAGAGACAUUCAGUUGGUCAAGAUUCAAAAAAAAUCUCCAUUGAACAGCAGACGUCAACUCGUCAAAAGAAUUUGA